ACGCUACAGCAUCACAUGGGCGGGGCAGACCUAAUUGCUACCUUCUACGGUGCUUUGAAAAAAGAUGAUGGUUCCGAAGCCAGCUUGGGAGGUGCCCAAAUGAGCGGCUCAAACUCCCGUAAGACCAUUCUGCAGGUGUCCACCUUCCAGAUGACCAUCCUCAUGCUCUUCAACCACAGAGAAUGCUGCACUUUUGAGGAGAUCCAGAACGAGACAGACAUUCCCAGAUGGGAGUUGGUGCGGGCGUUGCAGUCUUUAGCCUGUGGGAAGCCCACGCAGAGAGUUCUCACCAAAGAACCAAAGUCCAAGGAGAUUGAAAACGGACAUUUGUUUACAGUCAAUGACCAGUUUACUGCCAAAGUGCACAGAGUCAAAAUACAGACAGUCGCUGCCAAACAAGGGGAGUCUGACCCGGAGAGGAAAGAGACACAGCAGAAAGUGGAUGACGACCGGAAGGUUAUGAUCGAAGCCGCCAUCGUACGCAUCAUGAAGUCCAGGAAGAAGAUUCAGCACAAUGUCCUGGUGGCCGAGGUGACUCAGCAGCUGCAGGCGCGCUUCCUCCCCAGCCCCGUGGUCAUCAAAAAGCGCAUCGAGGGACUUAUAGAAAGGGAAUACUUGGCAAGGACUCCAGAGGACCGUAAUAUGUACACUUACAUCGCAUAGAAGGGGGCUGUGCAGUGGGGGAGGAUGGACGUACGCAAAUGGGAAAGAGAUCUGCACGGAAAAUCCAUCAUCACAUCCUCAGAACGUGUUUUCCUGCGAUGAAGGGAGCUACUUUUAUUUUUGCAACCCCCCUGCGGAGAUGAGACGAACCAACCCGAUGUGAAAAUGUGAAUCUGCACCUUAUUUUUGUUGUUUCAAUACUGUCUAGAAAGUAUUUUUAAAAUGUAGAUUGUUAUAAAAAAAAAAACAGAAAUAAAGCGUAUGAUGGCUCAAUUACUCAUAACUGGAAUACGCUGAAGCCAUUUUCAUUUUCUAUCAUUGUAUUUCUACAUUGAGAAUUUAAAAAAAAAGCUUUAUUAAGGAAAAUGUUUGAUAGUUGUUCUCCUGGGAGUUCUUUUUUUAUUUCAUUGGAAGAAUUAUUAAAAUAUAAUAUGGUAUUUGAUACUUUGAUCCACAUUUUAGCAUUUCUUUGUAAACGUGGCUUGUCUUUGUUCGUACCUUUCUGUGUGGAGUUUGUUCUCUUGCAUUUUCUCCAGGUAUAUUGAUUUCCUCCCACCCAAAUUUACCACCAAAUGACGACUCUAAAUUUCCUAUUUAGUAGAAAAGAUCAUUCAUUCAAAUGGAGACACGUGCAUUCAAAUGUGCUAAAUGAAAUGCGGGGCACACAAAAUUCCACGAUGGUCCCAAAAUCUAAACUGUCGACCCAAAAUUGUGUUUUUCCCUUUAGGACUCAACAUGUGUUGAUUUUAAGCCCGAGGACAUAAGCAAAAACAAGUUGAGUCAUAGCUUUGAAAAUCUUGAUAUAUUUUUUUUUUUUUACUCAAUGCAGACAUUUUUGUACCAAAAGUCUAUGUCUGCAGCUAUUCUAGUUCUAAGAUGAAAUCUGUACAGUAUGGGUAUGAUGUCUGCGUCUUUGUGCCCUGGUGGAAUGAGUCUUCAAAAUACUCUCGUACUUUAAAUAAGCCACACCAAAA